AAGUGCUAACUAUCUCAACAGGGCUCAACUACUAAGCCCAUUGGGCCUUGGCUUCAGGUACGUUUUGAUACUUCGCACAGCGAUUUCAGUUUUAGCCACUGCUUUGACCCUGGAGAACACACCGUUAUACUUCGCGAUUCUAAGUUCAACCAGGAAGAGAGAUCAAAGAUGGGAUUUAUAAUGGAGUUUGCGGAGAAUUUGGUUCUGAAGUUGAUGGAGGACCCUAAGGAGAGGGACAGGAAGUUCAGGGAGCACGUUUAUGCAGUGAAGGAUCGGUGCAACAAGACCAAGGAGAUGUGGAGUUACCCUCUCCGUCCUUACGGGUUCUGGACCUUUGAGCGCCACAAUUCUCAGCUCAAGUGGGAUGCUCAGAUCAGCCAGGUGCCCGGUCGGAGGGACCCCUAUGAUGACCUUCUUCAGCAUGUCCACGACACCCCCAAAUGAACGAAUAAGAAAUCUCAUAUGCCAUCUGCUGAGUGAAUUAAAGCUUUUCCUGCGGAAAAUGGCAAGGAGAAACUUAAGCUUGUUAUUCUGUCGGAUGUUAGUUAAAUGUAUGGUGCAGGAGCAUCAGUUGAUUUGUAAUGAGUUUGAAUAAGUAUCGUGUAACUCUGGUUUUAUAAAAUACACUGUUUCAGAAUGCUUA